UGUGACAUUACCGGGCCGGAGUGUCGAUGUCAGGGUAUUCGUUGAACGUUGCCGUUUCGAGGGGGGAAAUGCCCGUUUAGCACGGAACUCUGUCCCGUUCGCAACCGAUUCAUCCAUCGCCUCUAACGGACACGGCUAAUUUCACGGUAAUCCAUUUAGAACUACAUUCGAGACUCGGCUGUGUUAUUUUCGUUCGAUUAAUCGACGUAAAUUGUUCGUUCCGACGAGCUCGACAAACGGUCGUUACAAUUUUUUUCCCUCUUCCCACGAACGCGAUCAACCGCCCUGAUAAAUAAUACGAAAUCGAUGGUGAUCGUUUACAGAAUGCCUAACGACCACACGACGGUAUGCGGCUGCGGGGUGUUCGUAGACCAAGAUGGUCGGAUGGCCGCGAGAAAGAUAACGUUCAGCAUGCCAAAGUCGAAGGGCGGCAGCAAGUCGGACGGGCGGUCGGCCAAGAAACAGCAAGACGAGGCUCGCUCCAAGAGCAGAAGUUCCGAAACAGGAAGCAGCAGCUCGGUCGCCGAACAAGCGAGGCCGGCGAUCAAAAGCAGCAAACGCGAGAAACGAUCGAAUCACUCGAGGAGAACCAGAAGCGCCGACAGAGCGGAGUCGCAUUAUACUUAUAUAGAUUCUGGUUCGAGCAUACUCGGUGGUGGAAUUCGUGAAAAUGCUAUACCGGAGGCGUUGUACGCCACUAUUCCAGACACGCCGAACGCGAGGGCCAACGAAACUGGAAAUAGUCAAUUAAACGCGCAAAGUAGAUCGCAACCCGUUUACGCCAUUCCUUCUAUGGUAUCACCGCCGCCCACCUACGAUGUUGCGAUCUCGAAAACGUGGCAGUCCGGUUUGCCACCGACCUACGAAGAGUAUCUGUGCCACAAAUACGCCAUGAUAUCACGAUCUCACACACCACCCCCGCCGUGGUCGGAUUCCACGACAACGACGACGACACCUUCGGCGCCGAGCGGUCAAACGCGUCGCGACCUACUCGCCAGUCAACCCGAGCUCAGAGAGUAUCUAGCGCAGUUGUCGCUGUCUCAGAAUAACGAGAGAUCCGCCAGCGGUCAGUAUAAUCAUCAUUAUCAUCAGGGACAGGUUCUCAGAGACAGCAGCAGCAUCUCGAACCAACAAGCAUCGAGGGAGCAAGUUAGAACGCUGCAACGUCCACGAGCCAUGCCUCCGAGAUCUCAGAGCGAAAGUCGCGUGCAACAACAAAGAAUCUGGACGAUGUACGAGGAUGUGGGUUUCUGCAUGGAAACGACGACCGCUUUGCAGUCGGUAUUAGAAAACGGUAUCACCUUGUGCAGCUUGAUGUAAGAUCGUCAAACGAAUCGAAGGAAGGAUUCUUUGAGCAGAUAACGGAGAUGGUAUUUCCAAUCUCUCUUUUCGCGACAGUUCCGAGAGAAUUUCAUUGCGGAUACAACGGAGCCAGUCAAAGCUCCGACGACGAACCCUCAAUCGACUUUGAUAUAAUCGGAGGGCUACCCUCCUUCCCUUUCUUCCUUCCUUCUUUAUCCCUUUCACAUUCAUUCUAUCCAAUUAGAAUCAGAUAAUGAAACUAUACGACGUACCGCGAAUUGAUUUGUUUUUAUUGACACGUUCACUGCCCCGUCAACAAUAUCGGCGAUUUUCCAUACGAAUCCAUCGAGUAUUUCUCGUUUCAGAAUUACGGAUAAUAAGCAUAACGAAAUAAUGUGAAAAUAUGCAAAAUAAACGCGUGACGGUAAACGUGUUAAAUAAAUAAUUUCGGCAUCCGCGAUCGAUGAGAUAUUUAGAGUUCUGAAAGCGUUCGACAAUUUUCGAACGGUACGAAACUCGCCAAAUUUCAAGUAACCAACGAGGUUGAGAUUUCUGAAAAUCUUCGAUGAUUUCCAAUGAUUUUUUCGACUCCUAACCCGAGACUCGCUGAACGUUCAUCGAAAAAGGAACGCGGCGGAGUUGAAAUGUUGUUCGCACAAAUCUUUCGUCGAUUAAACAAGUAGCUGUACACGUGAACGUGCUAUCGCUCGAAAAUUAACCUUUUUAAGGAGAUCACUCACCCUGUGUACUCGAUUCGUUCCUCAGCGAAAUUUCCUUCGUCUCUCCUGGCUGGUCCAGGUCCAACAUGCCUAAUUGAACGCAAAAAGAAGAAUAUGUUUUAAUCUAUAGAAUGUGGAGUAUUUUUUUCUUUUUUCUUUUUUAAAGGAACAAAGGAUCAUAGGAUAAUAUUUUGAGAAAUUGCAAAAUGUAUAAUGAUUGUAUCUUAGGCCUAAUUUAGAAGGGUGCUUAAUAAUUUCGUUCCUCUUAGUGAAUUUUAUAGUGUUACGACUUUUUUCUAUCUUCCAACACGUGUAUGUACAUAUGUAUGUAUAUAUUAUAAUUUGUAUCGUGAUAGCGUAUCUACGUAAGCGUGUAAUUUAACAGCAUUGGUAAUUCUAUUGUCUAAUAUUUGCAUUGCAGAUGCAAUUACAUACACGUUCGUGUACGGCUGCAUCGAAUUAUUUAUGCUAAUGAGCUUAUAAUUUCUCCUCGGGCAUUUAGAUCGCUGUACGAUGGGGUUACCAUGAAUUCGAUCGAAAUAUUUGUAACUACGAAAAUGGAAGCCUAAUAUCGAGUAUCAGGCUGGAGUGUGAAUGAAAAAUAAUUUCUUUUGAAAUUUCUUCCGUGUUCAUUGUUCAUUUUCUUUCUCUAUCCAUAAGUAAGUAAUUGAAACAGACACUGUGUUCACUAUAUAAUUAUACAGACGUGAUUUUAAUUGUUCAGCUUUCUCAGAUACCAUUCAACCUUUUUCUGUUCCUUCGAGAAGGUGGAAACGAAACAUACAUAGAAUUCGAUUUCUCUUACGAGACGUUUAUUUUUCUCAAUGGAAAGAAAACAGACGUAAUUGAAUGUAGCUUGUCGUACGAUUUAAGAAUACUAACUGGGUGUUUAACAAAAGGAAGAUAAACAAGAGAACAUAUAAAUUUCUAUAGAGUGUAGAGACAGACAAGUUGAUCUUUACUGCCCUGUUGUAUAUACGUGUAAUUAAGUGUAAAACACGAAGGAUAUAUCGGUUAUCGAACCUGUAACUUCUAUUCGACUAUAACAAAGCACAUAAAUUAGAGAAUCUAAUUUGCUUUCGAUCUUUAAACAGAAUCAUAAUUUUCUUUUGUUUAACACACGACACAAAUCGUUUAAUCACUUCUAGACGAAGUUUUUAAUAAAAACGCAAGAUUUUGGUAUACAUAAACGAAAGUAUUCUCAUUAAUUAAUUCAGCAAUAAGUUUUACGACAAACGAGCGCCAUUUACCAAAAGGAAGAAAGAAAAGAAUAAUUAACUUAAUUAGAGAAAAAAGGUUCUUUGGGUUUGAAAUAAAUUAUUAGAACAUUUAUUCGGUAACCGGCUAAAUGGCGUUUUACCUUAAUUAAGGUUAAACUUGAUUCAUUAAUCAGACGGGUUCGGAGAGCACACAACACGAAUGCCAGCUAACCGAUUCUACGAAGGAAUCGAAGCAUCAAUUUUUUUUUUACACGAACCGUGCGUAAUUAACCCUUUCGUCGCGAUUCGUGUGUACAGGUUAUUUCAAAGGAUCAAUUUAUUAAAAUUAACCAGAUAAAAACUUUCAUUUGUCAAAAUAAAAAUCAGAUAAUAUACCCCUUGAUUGUUUUACAGCGAUACGUUUCGCAGACAACGGACAAUUUUCAGCUAAAGCAUGCGACGCAGCGAAAGGGUUAAUAGCUCCAUAACCGUAAUCGUAAUUCUCGUCGUAAUUACAGCAAUUAACCGUGUGAAACGAUCGAGCCACUCGACGUACCGUAUUAGCGCAUAGGAAGACACUGUAAUUAAGUAUGGUCGACGCUCUAGGCGAUUUCGACCCUACGAAUCUAGCCUGUCCUAGCGAAAUACAAAAAGGAAAAAAAAAGAGAAAAAAUGAAAAAAAA